AUGUCGAUAUCAAUUGGCGAUAUUCAUGUUGGCAGCGGUUCAACUCUUGUCGCUGGAAUGAACCAUGUCAAUUCAGGAGCGGAUAUGGAAGAUAAUUUGUCAAGAUGCAUCGACGCUCUCUUCAUCGCAGAUCCUGAAGUGGACCUGGAGGAAUUGAUCGAAUCAAAAGGCGGAUUCGUUGAAGGAACGUGUAGAUGGGUCCGAUCUGAGGAAAGUUACAGAUCUUGGUUGGAGUCGAAGCAGUCGGCGAUACUCUGUAUAUCCGGUCUUCCCGGUACAGGAAAGACGAUGCUCUCAUAUUUCAUCACCAAAGAACUCGAAAAACUCACGCAGAGUAUACCAGGGGACCUUCAUAAAAUCUUCACCAACCAUCGAACUCUUGCUAAAUAUGCUGUCAAGCGCAUGACCCCAAGGAGAAUCGAGAACACCUUGAAAUCACGCAGCACGCUCUGGGCUAUUUUUACUGCUACAAUAAAGGAUCCCGAACUGGGUCCGGUGUAUUGUGUUCUGGAUGGGCUCAACGACUUUCCUCCAGACGAGCGUAGAUGGCUUGUCAGCAGUUUUCAGGCGCAGUUCGGAAGAUCAUCUGGAGCUCAGGUUCAACCAGAAACUCUCAACACUUUCAAACUCAUCAUAUCCAGCGCUGCCAAUGAAGGUUUCCAUGAAUGCCUUCAUCUGACUCCGACGCUCGACGGGAAGGACCCCGAAAAUGAUCUCGAAUGUGUCAUCAAGGCCAGACUUGCGCGCCAUCGACACUGGGGAAUUCUCGACAAGGAAUCUCAAGAUGCAUUGGCUGGUGAACUCAGUCUUCGUUCCGAAGGACUUUUUUCAUGGGUUGAUUUCAUGCUUGAGGAUCUUUAUCCAGAGAAGACACUUUCGGCAAUGAUGAAGAAGAUGGAUCAAAUACCAUGUGGUCUUCGCCACGUAUUUUUGCGCCUCCUUGUGCAGAUUGACGAUAAGUCCCGCCGCGAGACCGCCAAGAUCCUUCAAUGGGUUGCUUUACUCCGAAGACCUGUCACAGUGGCUGAAUUGACAGACCUUAUCCACCCCGACGCUGAAGAGCCUGAAGAAGAACGCCAAAGAAUACAAGAUCUCGUCAGCGAAUCCUAUCCACUGAUGAGGAUCACGAAAGCGGGCAGGGAUUAUACGGAACGGGAAGCUGAAGAGGACAUAAUUCUUCCUCUACAUCGGUCAAUUGCUGAUUACAUGUCCAAUAUCGACAUGGAUUCAGCCAUCAAAGAUUUCUACCUCAAGCCAGAGAAAACACACUACGAAAUUGCCAAAAAAUGCCUCGAUGAGCUCCAAAUUUGGUUCAAACGUGCCGAAGAGACGGAAUCUAUUAUCGAAGUAGGCUAUCACUCUAUUUUUCGCCACACUAGAUGGCUUAGAUAUGCGAGAGACUACUGGCCAUGGCAUGCGAGAAGAAGUGGCGAGCAGUCCCUCCAGUUCUUGGCAGCCGACAGCAUCUACUUCCAUGAGGAAUCGCUAUUUCGUACUGUUUGGUGGUACGAGUACAAGAACAAUGCUCGCCAUCACAGAGGAGAAUAUGACAGGAUGAAAGAGGUACUUCCGUCAACCAACAUUCUUCACAUCUGCUCAGGGUUGGGCUUCCUUCAAAUAGUCCGGACGCUGCUAGAAAAGCAUCCAGACGCCGCAUCUUACGUCAACGAAGAGGAGGAGGACGGCGAUACACCUCUCUCAUAUGCUACACGUUAUAACCAUAGCGAUGUUGCCGAGCUGCUCGUUCGCUAUGGUGCUCACGUCAUGAGGCAAAUAAACGAGAUAUAUUGGAACAAUCUUGAGUAUGCAUUUCACAUUCCAAUUAUCAAUGCUUUCGCCAACGCCAAUGUACGGCUGGCUAGAUUCCUAAUCAAGCCUACCUGCGCUCAGAUAGACGAUCCAUAUCGGAAAGUUAUGCUGGGCAUCUACCUGAUUUGCAAGGCAGCCUGCGUAUCCAAAGGCACCAAGAGCAGACAGCUCGCUGAGUUAGUAUUGGACAACAUCGAGAUCAACAUUACCGAAACGAAGAAAAUGUUCAGUUUGGCACCGUGGAGAAGAUCGGUAUAUGGUCAUCCGUCGAAACGAAACUUGGACGUUCCGGACUUGAUCAUCUAUCGACUUUUGCGUUCUGAUCGCAAAGUUCUCCGCGAUGUUGACAUCUUUCCCAGUGCUGUUGGAUAUGCUGCUCGACAUCCCAGCAUUGGCGCUGAGCUGUUGCGUGCCUGUCUCAUUCACGACGUCGAGGACCUACUUUCUUCUGAGUACGAGGCUAAGACGACACUACAUCCUAUUGUGGUAGACACUUUGGAAAGACCCUACGAUUCUACGGAUUUAACUACGAGAAUGAGGCCAUUGACACUGCCUUGCGCGUGGGCAGCUUCGAAGUGCUGUCUAUGCUUAUCGAAGCUGGCAGUAAGGUGGCAGACCCUAAAAAGAGUUCGCUGGUCGCGAGGAUCUCAGAGAAGGUUCUCAGACUUCCAGACUCAAACCUAA